GAGGAGCUGGAUGAGGAGGAGGAGGAUGAAGAUGAAGAGGAGAGGAAGACCCCUGAGAAGAAGCAGAGUCCGACGGUGAAGAGGAGCAGGAGAGAGGAGGUGAUGGGGGAUUGCAGCGCCUCCUCCAUUCUGCCUACUUCUCCCUCUAUCAUCACCUCCUCCACCACCUCCUCUUUUGCCUCUAUCCCCACCACCUCCUCUACCUCCCCCAUGAUCACCUCCUCCUCUACCUCCUCCAUGAUCACCACCUCCUCUACCUCCCCCAUGAUCACCUCCUCCUCUACCUCCUCCAUGAUCACCUCCUCCUCUACCUCCCCCAUGAUCACCUCCUCCUCUACCUCCUCCAUGAUCACCUCCUCCUCUACCUCCUCCAUGAUCACCUCCUCCUCUACCUCCUCCAUGAUCACCUCCUCCUCUACCUCCUCCAUGAUCACCACUCCUUCGAUCUUUUCCUCAAUCUUCACUUCUACAUCAACCACCUCCUCUGUCUUAUCCUCCUCCAUGACCACUUCCUCCACCUCUCCCUCUGUCUCGUCCUCUUUCUGCACCUCCUCCAUCACUUCUCCUAUUUUCUCCUCCUCCAUGACCACUUCCUCCACCUCUCCCUCUGUCUGCUCCUCCUCCUCUGCUCCUCCUCGGCCAAGUCCUCCUGCCGACCUCCCGGUCUGCGCCAAGAACAUUUCCCUGACAGCGAGCGGAGAGAAAGUCAUCCUCUGGACCAGAGAAGCAGAUCGAGUCAUUUUGACGACGUGUCAGCAGGAAGGAGCCAAUCAGAACACGUUCCAGGCCGUCUCUACUCUGCUCGGCAACAAGACUCCGAGCGAGGUCUCUCGCCGGUUUCGGGAUUUGAUGCGUUUGUUUCGGACGGCGGCUCGCCAAACCAGCUCUGAAGACGAGGCUCCACCCACUCAGCUGGCAGCAGCCAAUGAGGAAGAAGACUGAUAUUAACCAAUCAGAAGAGCGGCAGGUUUAGCAGCAGGGGAAAAAAACUAGUUUUUGUUUUGAUAUUUCCAGGACUUUUAUUGUGAAAAGACUCACAGAUGUUUUUACUGUACAUAAAA